AUGAACGCCGGAGCGCCAGAAUGGAAACCCAACGCUGGGGCUGCUUCCUGGACGCCAGGAGGUACUCCUAGUUUCACUGUAGCCACACCGUCACCAGCAGCCGCACCUGCUCCAGCACCGGAACCCGCCCCGGCUCCUCCUGCCCAUCAAGAUUCCACUGCUUCCGAUAUCGAUGAGAAGGACCCUCUUUGGCAGGUGGUCUUGAAGAUUGCCGAAGGAGACAGGGCACGUGCUUUGAAAAUGAUCAAUAAUCCGGAUUCACUGACAAAAUACCCCGAAGUCGUAGCUAUCUUGGCUUCUGGAGAUGGUGGUGGUGAUGCCAUGGAGACGGAUGACUGGGAAAAGGAAAAGUCAACGGACGGUGAUCUAGCCAAGCAAGUGGAUGAAAAAAUGAAAAUUGAUGAAAAACCAAAACCAAAACCUGCACCAAAAGAAGAUUACGAUGAUGAUGAUGACGAUGAUGACGAUGAUGACGAGGAACGAGAAGAAGUGGAUCCAGCAAGCUUGCAGGAGGGGGAUCCAAGAGAGCACUUGAACCUGGUAUUCAUUGGUCACGUUGAUGCUGGAAAGUCGACAUUGUCGGGAAAUAUCUUGUACUUGACCGAGAAUGUCGACAAACGAACCAUUGAGCGUUAUGAAAAGGAAGCCAAGGAACGAAAUCGAGAAUCCUGGUUUCUGGCCUUUAUCAUGGAUACCAAUGAGGAAGAACGUGCCAAGGGAAAGACUGUGGAAGUUGGAAAGGCCCAUUUUGAAACAUCUGAUAAGCGAUACACCAUUAUGGAUGCUCCCGGACACAAGAACUAUGUCCCAAACAUGAUUAUGGGCGCCAGUCAAGCCGAUGUUGGUGUCUUGGUGGUAUCAGCUCGUAAGGGAGAGUUUGAAGCCGGAUUCGACCGUGGAGGUCAAACUCGUGAACACGCCAUGUUGGCCAAGACAUUGGGUGUUACUUAUUUGGUAGUGGUAGUCAACAAGAUGGACGACCCUACUGUGAACUGGUCCAAGGAUCGUUAUGAUGAAUGUGUCACCACGAUUCGCCCUUACUUGAAGCGCUGUGGGUUUGUCAUCAAAAGAGAAGUCAAGUUCCUUCCAAUCUCUGGAUUGAAUGGUGCUAAUGUCAAGGAUGAAGUUUCAGAAUCAGAUUGUCCUUGGUGGAAGAAAUGUUGGAACGAAGGAGCCAACAACACUACUGCCCCCACACUUUUAGACCUAUUCGAUACUUUACAAAUCAAGGAUCGUGACCCCUCUGCUCCUCUUCGUAUUCCAGUUUUGGAAAGAUAUAACGACCGUGGUACUAUUGCCAUGGGGAAGGUCGAAAGUGGAAUUGUCCGACCUGGUAUGAUGGUUACUCUGAUGCCAACAGGGAAUCAAUACAAGGUCGAUGGUGUAUGGGCGAAUGAAGAUCCAGUCUCGGGAGCUCGUCCCGGUGAGAAUGUUCUAGUGAAACUGAAUGGAGCGGGAUUGGAAGAUUGCCGAAAAGGGUUUGUUAUUUGCUCGGAUCCUCCAUGCCGUGCCGUCGACAAGAUUAUCUGUAAGAUUGCUGUGACAGACAUGCCUGACAACAAUCGCAUCUUGACGGCUGGUUUCCAAGCCGUAUUCCACGCCCACUGUUGUGAAGAAGAAUGUACGGUCACGAAGAUUUUUGAGACCACCAACAACAAGGGCAUCGUCGUGAAGGGCGCUCGAUUUGCCAGUGAAGGCAUGCAAUGCGUGUGCAUGCUAGAACUAGAUCGAUCGGCUCCAGUGGAAACCUUUGAAACUAUGCCAUUCUUGGGCCGAUUCACUCUUCGAACAGAGGGAAAGACCAUUGCUAUUGGUAAGAUUACGAAGCUUCCGCCAAAGAAGGAUUAA